UGUAAUGUAACCUGUAAAAACACAAAGACACGCGUUAUUUUGUUAUUAAGCUGUAAUAUGUUGUAUGUUUGCAGACUUUGAGUGCGCUGGCGACGAGGUGCUAGUGGAGUCGUCGCCGCCCGCGUCGCCCGACAUGGCGGCGCGUCUUGCGCAGCCCGCGCAGGUAACUUAUACACUUACAACGGGCGCGGGCGGCGGGACGUCGCCGAGUGCAGUGCGCGAGCUCAUCGUCAUCCCGGAGAUACCCAACUCCAUACACCUGCAGCACGCCAUACAACAGGUGUCGAGCACGGUGGUGGAAGUGAACGGCGACAGUUCUGGUCACUCCAGUCCUACUACGGAGGCCCAGCACACCUACAUCACUGUCGCAAUGCAGGGCGCAUGGAAGGUCGAAGGCGAUCCUAUCAAGGUCGAGGCCAAUGCGAUCAAAGUCGAGGCGCCUGCUGAUCACGAAUUGACUACGCCUUGGAAAGUCGAUGUGGAUCCUAAUUCAAUGAAGCGUGAAACGUCCAAUGAUUAUAAAAGUGAGGGUGGCAAUGGUGUCAACUACCACGUGCAGUAUGUGGAGCCUCAGGAGUUGUAUGGACAAGGACACCAGGGUCAUAUGGACCCACUGCGCUCGUACCCGGUGUACGGCGUGGCGACAGUCGGCAACGCCACCUCCUCCACCGAGGCCACGUCAGCGGACAACAGCUGGGGCGGCGCCUCCUCCGCUGAAUAUACCGCCUACGGCGUAGUGGUGGCUGGUGACGAGGCGGAGACCCCCGCGUCCCCCGCGACCCCUGGCGCCGCGCCUCGCAUGCCGCCCGCCACCGUGCAGUGGCUGCUCGACAACUACGAGACCGCUGAAGGUACACAACACCAUUGCGUAUCCCUCCCACGCUCGACCCUCUACGCGCACUACCUGCGUCACUGCGCAACACAUCGCUUGGACCCGGUGAACGCGGCUUCGUUCGGCAAGCUGAUCCGCUCCGUGUUCAUCGGGCUGCGGACGCGGCGGCUGGGCACGCGGGGCAACUCCAAGUACCACUACUACGGUAUACGAGCCAAGCCCACCGCGGGACACGACGGCGGACCCGCACACGAGCCCGCCAAUGAUAAGACCGAAGUCAGUGAACACCAGGAUUCGCGCGACCGCGAGCCAGAACAAAGCGGCGCGUCGCCUUGCAGCAUCCCACACAGACAGUACCUGGGCGCGGUGACGCCCCCCGACCCACCAGAGUUAGAACUCGAUGAGAUGCCCGAAGAUGUGCCUCGGAGUGCUCUGCAGGUGCUCAGGAGACAUCACCGCGAACACGGCGUAGAAUUCCUAGAAGCCGUGGCGGCGCUCGACACGGCUGGGGUCGAGCGCACCCGCCGCGCCUUCUGGCGCCGCCCGCCGCCCGAGCUGUGUCGCCGCGAGCUGUGCAAGCUGACGGCCCGUAAGGAGGUGGCCGACUGGCUGAGGAAGGCGGAGCUCGAGCUGUACCAGAAGGCCGUGGAGCUGCUGCUGCCCGAUGUGCUGCGGCCCAUACCGCCGCAGCUGACUCAGGCAAUCCGCAAUUUCGCCAAGAGCCUGGAGUCUGCGCUGGCAGCAGGCGCCGGCGGAGCCCCGGCGGCCGCGGCCCGCGCGCAGGCCUCCGCCGCCGCAGCCCUCGCAGCAGCCCUGAGGCGGUACACCUCGCUCAACCACCUGGCGCAGGCCGCUAGGGCCGUGCUUACCAACCAUCAUCAGAUACAACAGAUGUUGGCGGAUCUGAACCGCGUGGAUUUCCGCGUGGUGCGGGAACAAGCCGCCUGGGCCUGUUCUUGCACCAGCGCCGCCACCGCGCACAGACUUGAAGCUGAUUUUAAGGCGACGCUGGGGCGCGGCGCGUCGCUGGAGCAGUGGGCGGCGUGGCUGGAGGGCUGCGUGCGCGGCGCGCUGGCGGCGCACGAGCGCGCGCACGACUACACGCAGCGCGCGCGCCGCCUGCUGCUGCACUGGUCCUUCUACUCCUCGCUCGUCAUCCGGGAGCUCACGCUCAGGUCUGCGGCGUCGUUCGGGUCGUUCCACCUGAUCCGUCUGCUGUACGACGAGUACGUGUCGUACGUGAUCGAGCGCCGCGUGGCCGCGCACAGCGCCAGCCCGCCCAUCGCCGUCAUGCAGCGGCCGCAGGAGGACGAAGAAGACAUCCCGGAGGACGCGUCCCGCGAGGACGAGGCGGACCCGGACGACCCGGAGUGGGAGUGGGACGACGACGAGGAGGACGACGACGACUCCCAGGACUGCAAGAAGGUCAAACUCAGCUGCGGGUAGACUUCACCACCAGAAAUUCGUCUACAAGUUAGAAGGUAACAUAACAAACCAUCGGAACGGAGUAAGUGAGUCUUCUUGAAAAAAAAGAAUGUAUUCUAGUGAUACUUACUUUGCAAACACAAGUAUCCACUGAAAAUAUAAUAAAUAAUAUUUAUUUUUCGUUAAAACAGUCAUUUUGACGGUCACUAUUGUAUAAGUAACUAAAUGUUGAAUUGAAUAUUGAUGUAAGAUGUCGGGUAAGUGCUGACUUGAAAUUUACGAAAACGGUUUGUGGUGUAGAUAUAACUUCAGUGUUAGACAUCGUGAAUUUUACAAAGUGAAUUUGAUGUGGUGAAAUACAAAUACAUACAAAUGGGACAGACGGACAGACGUAACUCAGACACAGAAGAAUAUUAGUCGCGUACUUACAACGAUGCUUGUUAUUACAAUCCUCAGAUAAAUUACACGGUGUUAGUGACAUCGUAACGAAAACUUUGGGGGACGAUUCAGACCAAGAUUCUGAGUUAAUAUCAAGUGAAAUUUCCCGUCGCAACAGUAUGGAACUGAAAAUAAUUAAAAAAAUACAAAAAUUUUCAUUCAUUUUCACACUAAAUUUGUCCUUAGAAUGUUGGACUUAUUAACUUACUUACUGACUAUUGAUGACCGAUUAAAAAUGAAAUGAGAAUGCCUUGUUUUACAAGGUUUUUAUUAACGCCUUUGAGCCUGUAAUAAGCGGUUAUUAUUUGGCAUCAUUAUGACAUAAUAUUAUAUAAACAGACUAUAUACGUCCCGCUCCUUAAAGAACCUAAACAACUAAAUAAAAACUUGAAUAAUAUCACCAAUGAGGUAAACCUAGAUCAGACUAGGGAGGGAGCGGAGAGUUUCCGUUCUGUACGUAGUAUCAUUCCUUAUUCUGUGGUCAAACGCCUGACGAAGCUUUCGUUCCACACAUCAAGUUCACUUCAUAUAUAAUACAUAGCCUCAAUGUUUUAAAUGACUGUAAUAGAAUGAACCGUGUUAAAGAAUUCGUGUCUUUUAAAUGUAAGUUUGGACAACGCUAACGUCCAGAUUGCCAGGGCUACGCCCUUUGAGUAUGGAAAAAGGGUUCAACUGUGUAUAUACGCACCGUAGUACGAUUUAGUCAAUUUAUAUUUAUGUUUCAAAGCACCUGAAAGUAUGUAUUUAAGACAUACAUCAGUAUACCAAAGAACGUAAAGAUCGCUCAGAUUAUAUAAUAAAGACAUGUCGCAGGACAUACCUCCAUCAUAUCAGUCGUGUGAUUAGUCAUUUCUAGUUCCCAAUAGCUUGUGUUGAUAAUGUAAACAUACAGUUUACAUAGAGAAGUUAAUAUAAAACAUAUUCAACAUAGUCGUUAAAAUUUUCGUAGAUAAAUAAAUUAUACGCGUGUAUUGCUCUCGCUUGCUCGAUACAUUUAUCAUUACGUGUGCGAGCGAGACGUUUAUAGUUUUAACAUGUUUGUUCUAUUUGUUUCUUCUCCGCAAUAUUUGUUUUAGUACUUAUAACAAAAUGUUCGUAUUUCUGUCCAUUGUAAAACUAUUCGAUGUUACCCUUUAUGGCCUAAGUCACUUAGGAUUUAUUAAGUCGUUAAAUAUUAAGUAGUCACAUACGUUUUAAGUAGUACAUGUUCUCAUAAGACAAACUACCAAAGGACGUUGCAAUUUCAAUAUUAUUCAUAGAUUUAAAUUGACGGAAAAUAUAUCAGUUUGGAUUUACUGCAGUAGAUAAACAACAAAAUACUUUGAGCGUGUUCCUAAUUGGCCUAUUUUUAUACUACCAGUAGACAAAGACGUGCAUAAUAAUGCACUACAUAAAUAAUAAUUUAUUAUCAUAAUAAUAUAUAUCUUACCUAGUACCUAUACUGUUAUAAUUAUGUACUUGCCAAUGUGGAGAACGUUCUACAUUAAGUUCUUCAGGUAGCAUACUAAAGUAAGUUACCGUACUAAUUAGAAAUACACGAUCAUAAUCGACAUAUCCUCCCAUAUUGAUAUAUUUUCAUUCAUCGUUAUUCUAGGAGUAAAAUAAGCUUGACAAUACACGAGCUGUAGAUGCAGAUUUAUACGCAUAUUCAAUAAUCAUAAUUAAGCAUUUUCUAUAAUGACGAACGUAACUCAGCCUUGAUGGAUGCCUUAUACCGUGUACCUCAAAUUGCCACGUUGUUUGGUAAACAGGUUGUGCCGCAGCAAAUAAUGUUAACAGAUGUUGUGAUUGGUUUGGAAUUACUUAAUCUGUCUACGAGUAUGAGGAGAUUUUAUAAGGACGUGUCUCGGUUGAAGAUGUCAUCCGCCGGGUUUUCAAAUUAGGAUCUUGUUUGUAUGUUAAGUGCAGAGUUCGAAACUUAAAAUUGGUAGACUGGUAAUACCAUAGAGCAACAAAGACCUCCGCGGACCGGAGCGAAAUAACCACAUUUUUUAAUGUAAACACGUCCCAUUUAUUCGAUUAUCUUUCAAUCGAUAAUUCUUGUCUUUUGUCAUUCAUCGAUUCACUUUUUGAAAUUAGAUUUCGAACUCUGAAAAAUAAAUACGAUGAAAACAAAUAGUGAUACUGUUUUACAUAGAGGAAUGGAAUAAGUAACGGAUAUUUGAAAUUCGAAUUCGAAUGUUUUAUUGAUAAAGAAAUAUCUUCGAUCGAGACAUAUUUACGAAUAUGGAACUUAGAUUGUAUUUAUUAUAUUGGCCAUUGACAAUAGUGUAACGUUCUCUGGGGUCCAUUUAUAUUAAAUUGUAUACUAUAUUCACAUUAAUGUUGGUUCUUUCGGUUUUUUCAAAUGGGGCCCCGGAGUCGGCCCACCAGUGCCUACGUAAAUAGUUUAUCUUUAAAAUAUAAUAGAUAUCAGUCAUCAGAAAUGCCUUCAAGUAGAAAAAGUAUCACACUCGAAAUUAUUUUUGUCAGUUGUUUAUUGGAAAAAUGUUUAUUUAUUUUUGCAUAUUUAGUACGAUUCGGAAUUGCACUAGAUUAAUAAAGUAAAUGUCGUGCAUUAUGGACGUUACUUGGUGAUUCCUCUUGGAUCCGAGUAGCGUUCACAUAUAGAUGUUCGCAUAUGACCAUAUAAAUGUAAUUUAAGUAAGCGGUAAGGUAUUGCAAUGAGUGUUUGGAAUACAGCCGGACUGUAGCUAAACGUUCGACCACCUUUAGUACAACUUGGUAGACAUUGGGAUCACUAAACGCCUGAGCAACGCCUUUAUGAUAGGUUUAAUACAUUUCCAACUUUACUAGAUGUUCCAAACCUUUUUUGGUGCCGAUUCUGUCAGACGCCAACUUAAUUUUAAUCUAUUUCGACGUUUCUAAAACUAGUUCUAUCUCUGUCUUGCACUCAUGGUAAGAGAAAGACGGCAGUAUUUUUAGAAUUGUAAGACUAAAAUAAAAUUAAGUAUAGUUGGCCAGAAUCAGAACCACAAUCUUUAAUGGAUUGACAAAUCCAUGAAUAACUCGAUUAGUUGCCAUAGAACUUGAAUACAAAUUCUCGUUUAUUUACUGAAUUAAAUGUACAUAAUCAGAUUUAAAGAGAGGAAUUCUCUGCCGUUUUCUGUAUUUCCGAAUGCAUAUAACCCUAUGUGCUUUCAAAGUCAGAGUGAACAGGCACCUUUUGGGCGAGCUCGCUUCAUCUUAGGUAUCGUCAAUGCCUUUGGGGAAGUCUGGGGCCAAAAGAAAACCCAUCAAAAGUAAAAAAAAACAGUCGAAAAAAAAAGAUUUUUUUUCGCAUAUCGUUGCCUUAUAGCGCAAAUAUCUUAUCGCUUUUCUGUAAAAUUACAUUCUGACGUGAUUUUACAGAAAAUUUUUGGGGAACGCCGAUUAAAAAGUCGCUCAUUGCUUGCCAGAGUUCUAUAGCAACUAGUAGUUUUAUUACUUAGCUACAGUAAUUGGUGUGUCACACGAGCUUAAACUUUUGUACCAAGUUAAUUAGGUAAGGGUGUAUUGAUUUGUUCCAUUAUCAGAUGUUUAAAAUAAGCAACGAAUUGUUUGGACUGCACUCCUAACGUUAUGUUACUAAUGUUAUUUAUUUCAGCAUUCCAUUUUAUGCACAAAACACAGGAGUAGGUUCUGACACACAUUUCUUUAAUUUAUUUAAAGCUCCGUCCGUCGAAAAGGAAAGGGACGGGAAUCGUCAGCUUAUUUUUUUUUAGGGACAAGCAAGGUAUUCAAAAGUCGUAUCAUAAGUUCCUUUCGUAUUCGGCGGAUUAGAAAAUGACAUAUAGUAGUUAAAAAGAAGAAGUUUAUCGAAAGAAAUGUUUGUCUGAAACGGAAACCAAUCGUUUAAUAUCUAUGUUUUGUUAAAUGUAAAGUUCUUGACAGUGAUGAAUGGUGAUGAUAAUGUACGACCUAGUUUGGAAAAUAAUUGCGAAACCGCCAUGGUAAUGGGCAAGCUAAAAAAAUAUUUGUUUAAUUGUUUAUUCUAGAUAUAGAUUCGGAAUUUAGCUUACAACUAGAAUUGUACCGUCUUAAUUUUCACCGUAUUACCAGAUAUACAAAUCCUACGCUUGUAAACUAUCGAAAAUUAUUGUCUUUAUUAAAAAUUGUUUCUUCGUCGACGAUGCUGCAGGGUUGAACUACAUCUGGCCGCACCGCAUCGCAGUUCCUGUGCUUCUAUCCUUUUCUGACAUAGAACCAUCAUUUGCUAGAGCGAGAUAAGCGACUGCACGCGGCGGAAUCGUCAUCUGUCGCAUGCUAUACUGUGAGCGAACCGAAUGCCAAGAGACCUGUAGCAUGGGGGAUAUUUGCGGUUCCGUGUUGCUGGAUGUGGUUGAACCCAUAGUCUAGAAUAAUCCGCGGCGUAUAAGUUGAACAAAAAUGUCGCUAAUCCGCGCUGGUAGCGUUCCUGCCCUCGCGGCACAGCAACUGCAUUGCAAGUUAUAUCGAGGGCUACAGCAAAUACUCGUACGAUGUCUAUCCACGUAGUUAGCAUUCGCUGCGUCUAUUGGUAGAAGCCCUCGAUAUAAUUCGCGCCGCACCCGAUGCGGUUGCCGUGCAGACCCUGCUGGUUGUCAUAGUUACGCGAUACCCCUCGCGUUCCUCACACCGCACUUCGAAUUGAGAUCCAAUAAUUGAGUCGUGUACUAGGUUCACGAUAAAUUAUGAAAGUCAAAAAACUAACGAAAGUGUUAAAGACAGACAGAUCUAAAACUAACGAAAAAUAUUUUCUUUUUUCUAUUUAAUUUAUUUAUGAAUUUUAAUCAAGAAAAACGUAAUAAUAAGUCCGUCAUUUUAUCACGUUUUUCUAUGACGUCACUGUGUGCUUUUUCGUACAAAUUCCAUAGUAAUUUCGUGUUUUGACGUUUAGUAAAAAGUAACUGAUUUAUUAACUGCGCAUAGGUUGUUCAACUAAUUACGCCGCGGAGUAUAUUUAUAUCGUUUGUUGAUUCUAGUCAGUGUAGUGGAGUGCAGUCCUCGUGCCUGGGUACCACGUUAGUGUAAGUAAUGUAAGAUACUUCGUUGUUGUAUUCGGAGCCACUCGGGUGGGUUUAUGUCUGAGAAUAAAGCUAGUCAUGUGUUUA